ACGUGGAUAUUGCCGCCCUGUUCCCAGAGUCGACACACGGAUCUGUCGGGCAAUUGCUCCGUCGCUUCGCCUUUGGCCAGCGAUCCACCACCAGACGGGACAGCGAACGAGUGACUCUGCCGCCUGUCGCGGUCGUUUCGCUGCGAGCGCAGAUGGUGGGACAGCAGCCAAAAGGGCAGCCGUCCCGCCGAAAGCGAUCCUUGCCUCGCCGAAACCGACUUUGGUAUAUAAGUGAUGAUCUUUACCCGCUUCCUGCGAUCCACAUCGGCCGCCUGCCCCGUCCUCCUGCGCCCCCAGAUCCGCACAUUGAGCCGCCCUCGCAGAAUGUCUGCAGUUCCGCCCCCAUCCGCUGAAGCUCCCAUCGAGCAGCCCGCCAAGCCGGCCAAGACCCCCAAAGCUCCCAAGGCUCCCAAAGACAAAAUACCUGCGGCCGCACCGGUCCCGUUUUCAACGAUUGCCCAUCCACUGACGUCGCUGUCCUAUGUCGACACCCACUGCCACCUCGACAUGGUCAUCACCCGUCUUCCGCAGACGCACUGCGGAGCCGGCGAGUUUGCCGACAACGAGCAGAUCGCCAAGGCCCUCCAGGAUCUGCGGCACCAGAGCUUCCCAAGCAACUUCGAGGCUUGCAUCAAUGUCAUGUGCGAUCCCGAGUACUUUGGUGGGGAGCGAGAUGCCCAGUACAUUGCCGCCGAGGUUCCUCCGAUGCACAAUCGCUGGGAGUCCCUAGUUGAGCACAAUCCAUGGCUGUAUCUGGCCUGCGGCAUCCACCCGCACAAUGCCAUCCGGUACAACGACACUGUCGAGGAGCACCUCCUGAAGGCCCUCGCCCACCCCCGCACCAAAGCCAUGGGCGAGAUGGGUCUGGAUUACUUCUACGGCCUCUCGCCAAAAGAGACUCAAAAGGCCGUCUUCCGCCGCCAGCUUGAGCUGGCCGUGCAGCUCGACAAGCCGCUGGUCAUCCACACCCGCGAGGCGGACGAAGACACCUUCGAGAUCAUGGACUCGGUCCUCCCAAAGGCUCACAAGAUUCAUGUGCACUGCUUCACGGGCUCGGCCGAGUUUGCCCAGCGCCUGCUGGGCCGCUUCGACAACCUCUACAUCGGCUUCACGGGUGUCAUCACCUUCAACUCGGCCGAUCCAAUCCGCGAAGCCGUCAAGGUUGUGCCGCUCGAGAAGAUCUUGCUCGAGACCGACGCUCCGUAUAUGAUGCCGCUGUGCAAAGACCCCCGCUUCGUCAUCCGCAAGGGACCUGCCUCCAAGAUUGCACACUGCGGCCAUAUCCCGCUCAUUGCCGAGCGCAUUGCCCAGGUCAAGGAAGUAGAAAUCGACCUGGUGAUGGAGCAUGCCCGCCGCAACACGCUGUUCGUCUAUGGGCUGUAAAGGAAGCUGAGCCACUUGGUUGCCUCUGUUGAGUUCUCUGCUACUUCAAUCCGGCUGUGGCGGCAAGGUCGAUUCGUCGAUGAAGCACUUGGGAGAGAAGGCCGCACCAGCGAUAUCUGUGUCGCCCGCCACUCUGUCUCGCAAUCCUGUCGAUUCAAAGCGAAAUCGGCAUCUGAGUCAUGCUGCUUUCCCUGGGCCUUUUCGCCAACUGUUGAAUACACUCACGCUCUUCCGUCA